UCUAACACAUUCUAUCAUUAAUAUGUGAGACGCAUGGAGCGGUUAAAGGGAUACCUGAAGGAAACUGUUGUCCAGGAGUACUUUACCACCUUGCCUUCUCGAUGGCCACCCCUUCUCCAGCGUAUUGGAAGAAAUACACAGGCGGUGCAGUCGGGGUCCGAUCUACGGCACAAAGAGACUGCUCUGAGGCGUGAGCUCGAGCACGACUUCUCCCUGGCUCAACAGCUUUUAGAUAUGGAGCAUCAGGUUUACCGUGUGGGCAUGGGUAUCUUUUACGAUUUAGAGCAGACGUUGGCGCUGCCUGUUUUUCGAUCUCAGUUGGUAAUGUUCUUAAAGGGAAUGCUAAAUGAGCUGUCGCUGAAGGAGUCUGUUCUCGCGGACUGGAAGUCCUCUGUCGACACCAUCUCAGCAAACACGCUGCGGAUAUACACCCAAUGUUUACUAUCACCGAAGGCCGUCCAACUAGGCGAUGUGGAGCGUUUGGUAGCGUUAAUGACGGAGACCAAAGCCAACGAUCUGUGACAGAAUCGACAGACACUCAUACAGAAAGAGUGAGGGUGCAUCAAUACGUUUACUGAGUAAAGCGUGUCGAGAUACAGUGAACUUUUUCGGUGUAUCAUAGCUCUAGUGUAAGAAAAUAAAAAA